CUGAUGGAGAGGCCUGCACUGCGCAGAGGGAGUCUCCUCAAACCCAUCGCUCACUGUGGUUUUGGUUUCCAUAGUGACACUUCCUGUGGUAGCGAAAAGAGGUAGUGAGGAGCAGAGCGCAGCGCUCCUGGCAGGCAGCGCGCCCGCACCGCUGCCCGCCCACCGGGGAUGUGCCGGGCCUGCGGGCGCUGCUGGGGUCGCCGGCCGCGCCCCGAGCCCCGGUGCUGACAGGCCCCGUGGGGCCGUGCGCGGCAUGCAGGGACGGGCCAAGCUGCUGGGCGUUCACAAUGGCCGCGUGGGCUUGGCCACGUCUGUUGGAGAGCUAAACGCCUCCCGGGCCCGGGGCAGCAGUCAGAGCGUGGACAGCUUGCCCAGCUCCCCGGGCACCGCUCCGGGGCCCGUGGCCAGCUGGGCCGAGUCCUUCGAGGCACUGCUGCAGGACCGCGUGGGCCUCGCCUACUUCACCGAGUUCCUGAAGAAGGAGUUCAGUGCUGAGAACGUCUACUUCUGGCAGGCGUGUGAGCGGUUCCAGCAGAUCCCUGCCAGCAAUGCCCAGCAGCUGGCCCGGGAUGCACGGCGCAUCUACGAUGAGUUCCUGUCCAGCCACGCCGUCAGCCCUGUCAACAUCGACCGGCAGGCCUGGAUCGGGGAGGACGUGCUGGCCACCCCCACCCCUGACAUGUUCCAGCUUCAGCAGCUACAGAUCUUCAACCUGAUGAAGUUCGACAGCUACGCCCGCUUUGUCAAGUCCCCGCUGUACCAGGCCUGCGCCAAGGCCGAGAGCGGGGGGCUGCCUCUGCCCGACCUGCGGCCCCACCCGCGCAGUGGCAGCCCCACGCUGGACCUCAGCAAGAAGACGAAGCUGAAGCCGGGCAAGUCGCUGCCGCUGGGCGUGGAGGCAGCAGGAAGCGGUGCCAGUGCGGCCCGCAGCCCCCGGCGCUCCUUCCAGAAGGGGGAGCGGAGAGAGCCCUCAUGGGCAGAUGGGGGGGAUGGCACGGGCCUGUGGCGCGAGUCCCAGGGCUCCCUCAACUCCUCCGCCAGCCUGGACCUGGGCUUCCUGUCCUCCUCCAGCAGCAGCCUCCCCAGCUCGGGGCCCAGCUCCCGCCCAGAGGGCCCCUGGCAGAGCCUGGGUGGGGCCGAGCCCAUGAAGUACUGCUGCGUGUACCUGCCCGAUGGCACAGCCUCGCUGGCUGCGGUGCGGCCUGGCCUCUCUGUGCGUGACAUGCUGGCUGGGAUCUGCGAGAAGCGCGGCUUCCACCUGCUGGACAUCAAGGUCUACCUGGUGGGCAAUGAGCAGAAGGCGCUGGCGCUGGACCAGGAGAGCUCGGUGCUGUCGGACAAGGAAGUGAAGCUGGAGAACAGGAUCAGUUUCAGGCUGGAAAUUGCCUCUGUGGGUAAGAGCGUGCGCAUCAUGGCGAAGGCAACCAAGAGCCUGCGGGAAGCGCUACAGCCUAUCUUGGGGAAGUACGGCCUGGCCAUGGAGCCUGAGAAGCUGCGGCAGGAGGGUGAGCCCAGGGCCUUGGACCUGGAGAGACCGGUCAGCACCGUGGCUGGCCAGAAGCUGGUCUUAGAGGCCGGAGCAGGUGCAAAAGCCGCAGGCACCGGCCCUGCCUCUGCGUCCUCUUCCCCCGUUAAGAGUGAGGCGCCGUUCCUACCCGGUCCCUUCCGCUUCCCCGCUCGCCGCCUCUUCAGCAGCGCGGAUGCCUUAGCAAGUGCUUGGAUGUAA